AGCUGGUGUGGUCAGUGUUACUCUCGCUGCUGCUGCUGCGGCAAGCGCAGCUUCCAAGUGGGCAAAAGGUGGGGGCAACUGUCUUAUUUGGGCCGCAUCGCAGCGACUCCUGUUGCAGCAGGAAUUGGCUAAUACUUGUUAGCCGAACCUCUCUUCUCCCAGCCACACCCCAGCCCCUGAAACAUUAACUCCUUCCACCGUCCCUAACUGUGCGGGCGAACCAACCGGUCAGGGACGAUGCCCAAUGACUCAUUCAACAAGCCCUCGGCUUCUUCGGACCAUCAUGCCCAGGGGGGUAAGAUGGGCAGCUUUGGGAAAGCCGCCGUUCUGAUGGCUGCUACUACUCCUGCCGGAGGUGGAGGGGGUGCCGGGGUCUUGGCUCAAACCGCCGCCACCGCCGCCUCGGGAAAGAAGUCUCCCCGUCUCCCCAAGUGUGCCCGGUGCAGGAACCACGGCUACUCCUCGCCACUGAAAGGGCACAAGAGGUUCUGCAUGUGGAGGGACUGUCAGUGUAAAAAAUGCAGCCUGAUCGCAGAGCGGCAGCGGGUGAUGGCAGCCCAGGUUGCAUUGAGAAGGCAGCAGGCCCAAGAAGAAGAGCUGGGGAUCAGCCAUCCCAUCCCUCUGCCAAGUGCCCCGGAGCUCUUCGUUAAGAAGGAAAACAAUGGUGGCAGCUCCUGUUUAUUGUUGGAAAACAGCAGCCCGACACAUUCAACAAACACAGCAACUACAGCAUCCACCACCCCAUCAGAGGGACGGAUGCUCAUUCAGGACAUUCCUUCCAUCACCAGCAGAGGGCAUCUGGAGAGCACAUCUGACUUGGUUGUGGACUCCACCUACUACAGCAGUUUUUACCAGCCAUCUCUGUAUCCUUACUACAACAACCUUUACAACUACUCCCAGUACCAGAUGGCAGUGGCCAGUGAAUCCUCCUCUAGUGAUAUGGGGGGCACACUAGUAGGGUCCCCUGUGAAAAACAGCCUGCGAAGCCUCCCAGCCACAUAUAUGUCAAGCCAGUCAGGAAACCAAUGGCAGAUGAAAAGUACAGAGAGCCGACAUGCCAUGAGCUCCCAGUACAGGAUGCACUCGUACUACCCUCCUGCCUCCUACCUGGGCCAGAGUGUUAGCACGCCUGCAUGUGUUCCGCAGAUCUUCACUUUCGAGGACAGCCCCUCAUACUCAGAGUCUAAAGCAAGCGUAUUUUCACCACCCAGCAGUCAAGAUUCUGGCUUAAUUUCCCUUUCCAGCAGCUCUCCUAUCAGCACUGAAAGCACCAAAGGAGUACUGGAGUGUGAGUCUGCCUCUGAGUCUGGCACCUUCACUGUUAAUUCUGUCAUAGAAGAUGGCGAAUAAGCAAAAUUCAGCUCCAUGUCUCUACUUUAUUCGGGAGAGCAAGUGCAUUCUGUUAUAAUGUUGUUUGUUUGCCUGUUUUGCAUUGACUGAUGCUGAAGUAACCAUUGAAAAAAAGUUUGGUUUAUUCUUUUCAGACUCGUAUUAUAAUGACCAAAGACUUUGAAUUCCUAUAACAAUUUAGGGACUAUAGCUUCACAGA